ACGUGACGGUACAUACUACACGCUGUUCAUCAUUCGAUACAAUUGACAUCCUAUGGAGCCUGAUGCAGUCGGAUUGCGUUGCAAUUUAACGUCCUGCAAUGAGGUUGAUUUCCUACCGAUCAAAUGUCACUGUAACAAGGUAUUUUGUAGGUACCACAUCUUCCCUGAUAAGCACACUUGUGCGUCACUAGAUGGGCCUUCCGAGGGACAUGCCCUCAUCGUAAAACGCCAGAGAUGUGCUCUUGGAGGUUGCGAGAAACCGAGCCUUGAAAGUGUUGUCAGCCAAGAGGUUAAUCUCGAAACGAAACCAACUUCAUCUACGGCAUGCCCGAAAUGCCUUCUGUCAUUCUGUAUUAAUCAUCGUCAUCAAAAUUUGCAUUCUUGUACAGGUUUACAGAAGCAGGAGUCCGAUGAGAAGAAGGAUGCUCAAGAUAUCCUCACACGCCAUUUUUCCAACCCACCUUCACAUACUCCCCUUGCCGUCCGACGCACAGUCAAGCCUCCUACAGACCCAAAGAAAUUAGCUCAAAUACAGAAAGUGACACUCAUGAAGAUGCGUCAUAGUGCUACUGCGGGGGACCCUAGAGAUAAAUCAUCCGCCGUACCUGUCAAUGAACGCUUGCACAUCAAAGCUCGAUUGAAGGUGACUGGGAUGCCCGUACAAGAAAGCGUACUUUGGUUCAGAAAGUCUGUGGUCACGGGCAGGGCAUUAGACCUGAUCUCGGCAAACUUUGAGGUUCCCUCUUCGUAUCAAACACCGCUGUGCCUAAUAGAGAAAUCAGCCUCAGAUCCUUCAAGUUGCUCACCCCUCCAGAAUGAUCUGUUGUUGUCUGAGCAAGUGGAGGACACUUGUACUGUCGUGUUGUCGGCUCUUCCUUAUGGUCGAAGUGAUUGAUCAAUGGAUGUCGCGAUGCUCGUCUUCACCUCAAUUUCGAGAUCUUGCUGGAUUUAUCCAUGGACUACAAGCUAUGAAUCAUAACGGCACCGCUUAUUCCUGGCAUGUUUGUAUCUGUCAAUGUAACUUAGUCAAAGACUGUCGUCCGCUUGAAAGCCCUUCUCCACUAUAACGUU